AUGUAUGGUACUAGAGAAGACAAGUUUGCGGUGGCGUUAAUUAGAUCGGACAAGGCAGUGGUUGUUCUAACAGCUGUGGUUUUGGUGAUGUGGAUGGUGGUGGUUGGAUUUGGUGAGAGAGAAUCUGAUGGAGCCCACGUCGUCAAGAAUCAAAGUGGGAUUGGGAAUGUGGUCACCGGUCAGUGGGCCUUUGAGGACUCCAAAGCUGCACUCACUUUGCUUUCACAACCGGACGGACGGACUCCUCUUGAAAGAAGUGGACUGUGCACUCGCCUAGCUCCAGACGCGGAAUGCGCUAAAAGACGCCAGUGUGCACUCUCUCGGCUCCACCCGGUGUUUCCUGGCUGUCUACUAUUACUCGUCUUUCUUCAAAUGCUUCUUUCUUUAACAAUGGCUGCUUCUGAUUGCCCGUUGGAUAUGAGUAGGUCUAAUUUUACUCUGGCUGCCUCCAAAUGUUCCAGUGGAGAAGAUAGAGGAAAGUGUUGCCGACAUCUUAAUGCCUUGGUCGCUAUUUCUGUCUCAAGGUACACAAAUGCAACGAGUAACUUGGGGGUUACUUCAAACUUAUCUGAUGUUUGCCUUCGUACAAUAUCAGAAACUUUCCAACUAUAUGGAUUAACAAGAAAUGCAUCCGUUUUCUGUGGCUUUGGGACAAAAAUACUGGUAAAUUAUGAAUGCCAGGGUCGUUCAACAGUUAACCAGAUGCUGCAGUCUCCAAACUUUAGUGAUGUUACUGUAAAUUGCAAAGCACCACUGUUGGAGAACAGUACUUGUAAAAAGUGCUUGAAUGCUGGUAUCGUUUAUCUCCAUAAUCUGUUGGGGCCAACAGAUAAUAUGACAUUGAGUACUUGCAGAGAUGCAACUUUUGCUGCACUUGCAAGUCAAGUCGAUUACGCAUCGACUAUUGGCAUUGCAAGUUGUUUCUUUGGGGUUCAAGGGCUUAGUCUUCCUCCAGGUUCAUUCCCAUCUUCACCUCCACCUCAGGCGUCUUCCACCCCGCUGAUUACUCUUAGUCCGGCUCAACUUUCCUCAAGCUCAAAGAGGAAUAAUUAUAACUACCAUCUCACAUUAGUUCCUAGCGUUGGCAUCUCAGUUACAGCAUUGGCUGUGGUGAUCCUGGUAGUCUUGAUUAUUCUUAUCCGCAAGAAAAGCCAAGAGCUUGAUUCUGAUACAGAUGAUAAGACAUCCUCGAAAUCCAUUCCUCGUGUGGCAAGAAAAUAUCAGGAUGGAUGGAAAUAUGAAUUACAUGAAUGUCCAUCCUCUAUGUUCAGAAAAUUCAGCUACAAAGAUACAAAGAAAGCUACAGAAAACUUCAACACCAUCAUUGGACAAGGAGGAUUUGGUACUGUGUAUAAAGCGAAGUUUCAUGAUGGUUCAGUGGUAGCCGUGAAGCGGAUGAACAUAGUGUCAGAGCAGGCAGAGGACGAGUUUCGCCGGGAAAUCGAACUCCUUGCUCGACUACAUCAUCGCCAUCUUGUUUCUCUGAGGGGCUUCUGCAUCAAAAGACAUGAGAGAUUUCUCGUGUAUGAAUAUAUGGAAAAUGGAAGCUUAAAGGAUCAUCUUCUGACCCCAGGUAGAACUCCUCUGAGUUGGCGAACAAGAAUUCAGAUUGCCAUUGAUGUGGCAAAUGCAUUGGAGUACCUUCACUUCUAUUGUAAUCCUCCUCUGUGUCAUAGAGAUAUUAAGUCCAGCAAUAUAUUACUAGAUGAGAAUUUUGUUGCAAAGGUUGCUGAUUUUGGCCUUGCUCAUGCUUCGAAAGAUGGCUCUGUUUGCUUUGAACCUGUAAACACUGAUAUCCGGGGAACUCCAGGUUAUAUGGAUCCGGAAUAUGUGGUUACUCGAGAGCUCUCAGAGAAAAGUGACAUAUAUAGUUAUGGAGUUGUGUUAUUAGAGCUAGUUACUGCUAGACGAGCAAUACAAAACAACAAAAACUUGGUAGAGUGGUCUCAACCAUUUUUGACUUCAGAGUUGAGAAUAACUGAGCUUGUGGAUCCCAAUCUCGGGGAUGCUUUUGACUUCGAUCAACUUCAAACAAUUGUGGAAAUCAUGAGAUGGUGCACUCAGAAAGAAGGGAGGGCAAGACCAUCAAUUAAGCAAGUCCUCAGACUUUUGUAUGAGAGUACUGACGUAAUGCACAGUGCUUUUGUUGAAGCUGUGGAAGAUGAAGAAUAUGGAGAAACUGAAGGUAGAAUAAGGACAAGCAGAGGUAACACAAAGAGAGGCGAAGGUAUAUUUUUCAGUGGGGAUGUACGGGGUCUAGCUUCUUCUUCAAGUACAUCUAGGUCAUAUUGCAGUCGAAGCUUCCUACUUGAACCCGGCUCACCUCAGUCGCCUCAUAAUAUCCCAUCUAUAUAA